UGGAUUUCCAAAACUUUUCAUCCUAAUACUUGCUUUAUUUUAAGUAAUCAGGGAGGGCAGACAGCCGCUGAAGCAGCACAACCUGUUUGUCUGUCUGAGAUAUUAAGAUGAGCGCAGACACGGUGGAGCAGUCAGAGGCUCCAGCCGAACAGGCAGAGCAAAACGGGAUCGACUUCAAUCGACAAAUAAAGACGGAGGAGAUCAGUGACUCGCCUCAUUCAGCCGCCACGCUGAAGACAUGUCACCUGACGCAGAGCUCUCAAGUGCCUGGAGGUCAGCUGUCUGGGGAGCUCACCUCUCUCCACCCCAUGCAGCAGCUGGUUCUGAUGCCACCGUCUCACCUGUCCUCUCCCUCCCCCUUCCUGCUCUCCCAGAGUCCCACCAGCCACCAAGCUCUUCUGCAGCAGAACCUGCUGUCUCUUCCCUGUCAGAGUCAAACCAGUCUCCUUCAGCAUCAGCCUGGACUGGCUCUGACUCCCCAGGCCAUGAGUCGCUCGGGUCUGGCAGGGCCGUCUAUGGAGAACCACAUGGACAUGUCCCACCUGCAGAUGCCCAAACACAUGUCAGUCCCACCACAGGAGGAACCCAGUGAUCUGGAAGAACUGGAGCAGUUCGCAAAAGCAUUCAAACAAAGACGCAUCAAACUGGGCUUCACCCAGGGAGAUGUGGGGCUCGCGAUGGGAAAACUGUACGGUAAUGAUUUCAGCCAGACCACAAUCUCUCGCUUCGAGGCUCUUAACCUGAGCUUCAAAAACAUGUGCAAGCUCAAACCUCUGCUGGAGAAAUGGCUCAGUGACGCAGAGAACUCACCCUCUGACUCCAUGAGCAACCCCACCUCUCUGCCGCCCCUGAUGGAGGGCUACGGACGCAAACGGAAAAAGAGGACAAGCAUUGAAACAAACAUCAAGAUGACUCUGGAGAAACGCUUCCACGAUAACCCCAAGCCCAACUCCGAGGAGAUAACCCUGAUCUCGGAGCAGCUGUCGAUGGAGAAGGAGGUGGUUCGAGUUUGGUUCUGUAAUCGUCGUCAGAAGGAGAAGAGGAUCUACUGUCCGGUGGCCAGUUUAUCCGUGAAAAACCACAGUUACAACUCCAGAAUGGCCCCUUCAUCCAGAUCCUACAGUCCUCUGGCCUCAGGAGGAGUUUCAUCAAAUUCCUCUCCAAACAGUGCAAGCCGUGACGCUUCUCCCAACAGUCUGUCCACAACCUCUGUGCCUUUAACGUCUCAGGUCAACCCAGCCUCCUACAGCACGCCAGGGUCCUGGUACCGAUGGAAUCCUACUGUGUAUCAUCACUGAGAAACUCGAACUGUAUCAUAUGAAGUUUGUUUUGUUUUGAGAAGGACGUACAUUGAAGACGUGACCGAGUAACACAAUGACCCCUGUUAGGAACAGGGUUACAACUACAGGCUAAACUUUAGACGGACCCGUGAGACAAAACAGCAGAGGACUGCAAACACAGCGCUGUUAGGACAGCCUCGAGCUGUUUGAUUUGUGUUCAUGUGAUUCCUUUUUUUCAGGGGGGAACAUGAAGAAAAACACAAAUAUCGCAAACACUGGCGGGAAAAGUUCAAUAUGUUUCAGUUAAUCAGUUUGAAGGAUUCAGGUUCAGAUUCUUUAAGAUUUUGUGCCGAGCUGUUCCUUUUUAUUCUGCCAUCUUUCUGCUCAUAGUUGUUGCUGUUAUUGUAUGUUUUUAUGUUCAUAUUAUAGUUAUUGUUGUGUUAGUGACAUUGAUUCAAUUCGACAUCGUGCACUGCUAGCCUGUCUAAAUAAAUGUGCAGUCAAAACAAAAGGAUUUCAUUCAAUUGUUCACACAAAAAGGCCUCAUAUCAUUGAAAACAGCAGCUUUAUAUUUAAGGAUAGGUCUGUGUAUCUAGAACUUGGGUUGUAAUAUUGCAGUUUGAUUAUUUCUUCUAUCAGCUAUGAUAACAACUAAAACAGUUUAUGUAGAUUAUUGCUCUCACUCUGCAGUCACUAGAAGUGACCUCAGGUGUUGCUAAUAAUCCCAAAUUGCACUAGAAAACUAUGAAAGCACAACAAGUCUAAAUUAAGUCUGUUUGUAAACUGUGGUGGAUAUUUGUAACACACUGUUUGGUCACUGAGUUCACUCUCUGACUUUGUUUUUUCCUCCACAACACGUUUGAACCCUGAAGGUAUUCAGCUCUUUGCAACUUGUCCUCUUCUUUAAGAUGUUGAAACUUACAAAUAAAGACCCAAGAUAUAAUAAAACAGAAUUAAACACACCUUUUUUAAAGAAUUCAGAAUAAAUUUAACAAAGUUAGCACUGUUAUUGGUUAUUUUUUUUCAAAUGAGAAACAUUUCUGUAUUUUAUUUUUUUGUCCUUACUCUUUUUUUUACACUUUUUGGAAGUUGGCAAGGCUCAAUCGCAGUCUUGACAGAGUAUUUUAGGUAUAUUAUAUUCAUAUUAGCUCAUAUUAGGUCUUUUUUUUGUCAACAAAUCCAAUGGAAAAGACUAAAACCAACAAUGUUAGUUUGAGUUUUGAUACUUUUUAGACUUCCCACCCUCACUGUGGCCCUCAGCCCCAAAAACCUUUAGUUUAUAUAUAUAUAUAUACAUAUAUAUAUAA